AGGCAAACAGAUACCAUAUUAGACGUCCACACCGCCGCUAGUGAGCUUACAAUAGCAACAUCACGUUUUCCUCAAGUCCAGAGUUGACAUUGGUCGCAGUGACAGUAGCAUGCGAGUGGACUGAUUCGUGAACAGAAGCUUUGUGCAUAUUCGACGUUACAAGCGUCCCCGGGAGAUAGUAUCGCAGAGACAUGCCGCCAUGCAGUAAGAGCGAGUACAGUCUGUCGGCAGGAAGAGGCGCCACAGAGAACGAGUUCAGGCCUGAUGCGGAGACGGAGGAAGAUCCGGAAUACGAAGAGGAAGAGCUGAGAUACGGAUGGGGAUCGUGGAAGCCAAACUCUUUCUUCUCAAGGUGUCUGCAGGCGUUCAACUGUAUCCGCUGGUACGUCUUCUGGACGUCGGUCUUCAGUCUGUUCCAAGGCUUCACAAUCAACGGCGUCACCAACGCCAUCAUCAGCUCUCUAGAGACACGGUUUGAGUUGCCCAGCUCCUUGUCCGGCCUCAUCAUCAGCUCCAACGACUUCCUCGCGCUCUUCCUCGUCCUCGUCAUCAGCUACUACGGUGCUACACGCAACAAGCCUCGCCUCAUCGCUGCCGGUAUCCUGAUCCUGGGGCUGGGGUCGUUUGUGUUUGCUCUGCCACACUUCAUUACUGGUGUAUACAACUACAAGGCUUCGGAUGUCCACGAAACAUCAUGCAGAGAGAUUGGCAACACUACCGAGUGCGGUGAACGGAGAGACUCCUACCUACAGAAGUACGUCUACAUCUUCAUGCUCGGUAACGCGCUGCACGGGGCUGGAGCCACGCCUAUGUUUACCCUGGGGACGACCUUCAUUGACGAGAACACGCAGGCCAAGAUGACGUCUCUUUAUCUAGGUAUUGUGUACGCUGCUGCAUCAGUUGGUGUUGCUGCAGGUUACACAGUGGGCGGACAGUUCCUCACCAUCUUCACCGACGUUGACAAGGUCGACGUCUCCAAAAUAGACUUGACCCCCGUUGACCCCCGCUGGGUUGGGGCAUGGUGGGUCAGUUUCAUCAUCAGCGGUGGUGUGAUGUUCAUCAUCGCCAUCCCCAUGCUGGCCUACCCCCGAGUAUUACCAGGUAGCGCCGCUAUUCAAGCAGCCAGAAAGUCAGAAGCGUAUCAAGAUGGCGACUCCGAAACGGGCCGAGAUGACUUCGGCAAGACCUGGAGGGACUUCCCAAGGGCGAUGUGGAGCUUGAUCAAGAACCCGACGUUCUUCUUCUUGUCGCUGGCGUCGUGCAUGGGAGGGAUGGCUGUCAGCGGCAUGGCGGCGUUCGGGGCCAAGUUCCUCCAGGAGCAGUUCAACCUGCAGGCUGCCUACGCCAGUAUGAUCAUGGGGGUCAUAACUGUGCCAGGCGCAGGAGGGGGUAUGCUGCUCGGGGGAUACAUCGUCAAGAAGAUGGAUCUUAAGUGUCGCGGCAUCAUCAGGCUCAGCAUGACCGUCUGCUGCAUCGCCCUCGUCGUGGGUGGCCUGUUCCUCAUCCAGUGUCCCAAACCCAAGAUGGCGGGCGUGACGGUGCAGUACAGCACACUUGAAUCUCGAGAAGGCAAGAGUAGCCUGAAGGGCCCCUGCAACUCGGCCUGCCACUGCUCCGAGCUCAACUACGAACCUGUGUGUGGGGCGGACAAUGUUAUCUACUUCUCGCCGUGUCACGCGGGAUGUUCCCUGCAAUAUGAUUGGACGGAUGGGCCGAUGGGACCCAUGAAGAUGUAUAAGAAAUGUUCCUGUGUGGAGAGCAGUUUACACCUGAUGAACAUAUCAACGUUGUCUGACAACGUCACAGCGGGUGCGUACACAACGACUUCAUCAACCAACAACAUCACUGUCCCUGGCGCCUUGGCCGGCAUCUGUCCGUCGGACUGUAACUUGCUGUACGUGGUGGCGCCGCUGUUGUUCCUGGGGAUGUUGCUGACGUUCACGGUCGUGUCGCCGUCACAGACAGCAACCCUCCGGUGCGUCCCGGGCGGACAACGGUCUCUGGCUAUAGGCUUCCAGUGGUUAUUCCUGAGACUUGGAGGCACCACCCCGGGGCCCCUGAUGCUGGGUACCAUCAUAGACAGUGCGUGCAGGGUGUGGCAGGACAUCUGCGGGCAGACGGGGUCGUGCUGGAUCUACGAGAAGUCUGAGAUGGGGAUCCGUAUUUUUGUCUGGUGGAUCUUGGUCAAAGGCUUCGCCGUCCUCUUCUUCUUCCUCGCCCAGUAUUUCUACAAACCACCACCAGAGGACGCUGCGCUAGAGGAAGAAAAACAUGACCUCAAGAAAACAGUCACAGACAGGGAAAGUGUGUUUUGAUGCACGAGAAGAACGUAGACAUGGUGGUUGCAGGUGCUAGGGAGCGCUUUAGACCAGGGUGCACAGGGACGCACACGUGCAAUCACAUCUGUAGCUGUGUGAGAGCUGGACAGCCCCUGGCACAGCCCUGGCCUGCUGUGACAAAUGGACUCGGGUGACGGGAGGAAUUCGUCACGAAAAAUAAAUUAUUUGAUCUCAGCAAUCUUAAAAAUACAUUUAUUUAUAAAACUAAACAUAGUUUGGUGUGUGGAUGUUCUUUUCAGGCGCGUUUAACUACAUUUGGCAACUCAUUAAUCUUCAUUGUCAAAAUUACUGUCUGUUAGAUAUACGUUUACAAUAACAGGGCUGCUGAAAGAGGGUGUCAAAUUUAUAAUCAGUAAGAAAUUAUUACCCAUCCCCCAAAAUUCAUCACUUUGAGAUACAACAAAGAACGAACAUGUGAUCAUUGUGUCAUGGCGUCAUUGGGGACAUUGGUUAAGUGGUUUCAGCAGAGUGUCCUGAUGUUGGAACUGUGUCGGUGACAGUCAAUCCCCACUCUGACAAUCGAGCAGACACCUGGGGCAAAUCUGUCGCACUGACGUCACACGGACAGUCUCGUGGUCCAGGGCUCCUCAACACACCGGAUCAGGAUCCGCUAGUAGUCAAUAUUCCCAGACUGCGCCCGAUUAUGACCCUCGGUUUCUAAGAAUCCCCUUACUGGAGGGUAAAGGUCAAUGCUUUAUUUGAGUGCGCUGCUCUCUAAAUGACACGCCGUGAUAUACCUGGAAUACUGUUCCAUGCGGCGCUAAACUCUCUCGUUGUCCCUAUCUCCUGUCAACAAAUGACACUCAGACUGAUCUUACAAAGGUUGACAUAACAUUACGUGAUAUUUGUGCAUACUUUCGGUUUACUUGACUAUACUUGUGGCUCGUGACUUCUGUAUGUAAUCAGAGAUUUCGUUGUAUAGUGUAGGGGGCACGGGUGGCCCAGUCGUCUAAGGCGUUGCGAUUCGCUGUGCAUAGUUGCGUCCCUUGGGCACGCCAGAAACCUAUGAUUGUUGGUCCGAAUCCCGGUUCGCCCGAUUAUGUUUCAAGGUUUUUUGACAGCACAUUACCCGUGCAGGUGGGUUUCACCAAAGUGGUAAACGCCUGAAACCUGCAUCACUUCGGGCUUUCCUCGCGCUUUGUUUAUCGAUAGCGAGAACUAAGAUCUGAUUUUAAUGAGAUUGUAGUAACAGUGCUAUGUAAACAGGAAGCGGUUGAUGCGGGUAGGAGACUGUUCACGAUGAAAAUAAAGUUACCGUGUGUGACUGUACAUACUUUCAGGUAACCACUGGCAGUUUAAAGUGAAUAGUCUUGUUAUUGUUUAAUAAAUACUGUUAAUUGAUUGUUAUAUAUUA